CCUCAGCUGAAAGGGGCCUGAGAGGGGCUGGCAUGGGUCUUGAGCCCCCGGCACCUUGGCUGCUCCUCGUCACCUGGCUCCCAGCAGGGUGCCUGUCCUUGCUGGUGACGGUCCAGCAGACAGAGCGGUACGUCACCCUGUUUGCCUCAGUCAUCCUCAAAUGUGACUACACCACCUCUGCCCAGCUCCAGGAAGUGGUGGUGACAUGGCGCUUCAAGUCCUUCUGCAAGGACCCCAUCUUUGACUACUACUCUGCGUCAUACCAGGCGGCUUUAUCCUUGGGCCAGGAUCCAUCCAAUGACUGUAACGACAACCAGCGAGAGGUCCGCAUCGUGGCCCAGCGGCGGGGGCAGAAUGAGCCGGUGCUGGGAGUGGAUUACCGCCAGCGCAAGAUCACCAUCCAGAACCGAGCAGAUCUUGUGAUUAAUGAAGUGAUGUGGUGGGACCAUGGAGUGUACUAUUGCACCAUUGAGGCACCGGGAGACACGUCAGGUGACCCAGAUAAGGAGGUGAAGCUCAUCGUCUUGCACUGGCUGACGGUGAUCUUCAUCGUUCUGGGAAUCCUCCUCCUGCUGCUGCUGAUUGGAGUGUGCUGGUGCCAGUGCUGCCCUCAGUAUUGCUGCUGCCACGUCCGCUGUCCCUGCUGUCCUACCCGCUGCUGCUGCCCUGAGGAAGCCCUGGCCCGCCACCGCCACAUGAAGCAGGCUCAGGCCCUAGUCCCUCAGAUGAUGGAAAAACCCCUGUACUGGGGGGCGGACAGGAGCUCCCAGGUUUCAUCUUACCCAAUGAACCCGCUGCUGCAGCGAGACUUGUCUGUGCAGUCCAGCUUCCCACAGAUGCCAAUGACCCAGACUGCUGCUCAGCCCCCCAUCGCCAAUGGUGUCCUAGAGUAUUUGGAGAAGGAGCUACGGAACCUUAACCUGGCUCAGCCUCCGCCCCCUGACCUCAAAGCCAGAUCUGGCCAUCCCUGCAGCAUGCUGUCCUCGCUGGGCUCCGAGGUUGUGGAACGCAGAAUCAUCCACCUGCCCCCACUGGUCAGAGACCUGCCAUCCUCACGGAGGACCAGCGACUCCUCCCACCAGCAGUGGCUCACUCAGGUUCCCUCCAGACCCUGGGAUCUGAGGGAAGGGAGAAGGCAGCACCACUACUCUGAUUUCCACCAGGAGCUCCAGGACCAUUGGCCAAAGCCCUGGGCACCGGAGCGAAGGGAGCUGGACUACUCGAGGCGUGGGAGACACCGUGGCUCCAGGCUGAAUGGCUCACCCAUACCCUGGUCAGACAGGGACAGCUUCAGCGACGGCCUCAGCGACGGCCCCUCGUCCAGUGUGGCCCAUUGGCGGUCCAGCCGCCCCCCUCCCAGGAGCCACCAUGCAGAGAGGCCCCGCAGGCCCAGCCCCCGGGAGAGUGCCCAGAGGCACAGGAGACACAGGCCCCGGAGCUACUCUCCUCCUCUACCCUCAGGCCUCAGUCCUUGGAGCUCUGAGGAGGAGAAGGAGAGGCAACCCCGGAGCUGGGGAGCCCACCGCCGCCGCUCACACUCCCCAAACUGGCCCGAGGAGAAGCCACCCAGCUACCGCUCACUGGAUGUCCUUCCAGGCAAGAAUGGCAGUAAAAAAGGGAGUGCGGAGAGGCGCUCGGAGAGAGACAGCUCCCAUAGUGGAAGGAGUGUGGUCAUUUAGCCCCCA